GCAGCAACUGGCAGCAAGCAGUGCCGAACGUCGUCGUCGUUUCUCAGUGUCGCCGCGGCGGUCGUGCCAGACGGUUCUCUCAUAGUAGGUUUUUCGUGGUACGCGCGUCUCCGUGUCGGUGCAACGUGUAGAUUCGAUUUUCAAGUAAAACACACUUAUUUACGAACGUGUUUCAAGGAUCGUUUACUUGGACAGUCAACGGGAAUUGUCUAUGGAAUGAAUACAUGCAUUGUCGUGCGAAGUUAUUAACGUUCGGUGCUGUGAUAACAAUAACCAUUGAAUCGAACCCUGUUUUCAGCGAAGCGCGCGCGUAUUUCGCGAGAAAGGGUCGACCGCGUGUUAGGACCGAAACACCGAAACGAACCGGUGUCGCGAGUACGUAUCGAAGCUAUAACAAACGCCACGUGCAAUCGUGGGUUGAUGUUCGCGUGAAUCGUAUCGCUCAUUCAAUGAAUCGACAGAGUUCCCUCCUUUUUUCUUAAGUGCAUAAGAUCGUGAUUAUUGGUGGUAAUCUUUUUCUUUCGUGGUCGUGGAACACACGGCGAGUGGCUACAUUGUAACGUGUCCCAUACCGCGUUUGUGCAAGUGGAUUUAACCUUGCAACCGAACACGUGGAUCCAUGCCGUCUUGUUGACAACGCCGUGCAUUUCAACGGCGGAGCUGGCUGCACGGAAAUUUCAGGUGCACGAGAAAAUGCACGUGAGGUCAAGCUGACGUUGGGGCAUGGAGACCAUGCAAGACAGCGGUGGGCUGCAGGUCGAUGGCUCGAAAGGAAGUGCCGCAUCGGGUUUACCCACCUUGAAAACCGUCAAUCAAUUAAAAAUAGUGGAAAGUAGUGAUGACAGUGCGAAAUUGCUGACUGAUAUUAAAUCGGAGAUGGAUCCUUACAAGGAGUUGGAACUGUACCUCGCCAAAGUCAAUAAGAAAAAAAUGUCCACGCGAAAACAAAACAAAAUCGCGAAAAAUUACAUGGCCGUCAAGGAGGGACUGGAUCGCUUUCAUCGUUCGCCGCGACGAAGCCGAUUACGUCGGCGCUCGACUUACAAAUCCGCUGGGGUAUUUCCAUCUUAUCAGCAUUGCAAAUUGAAAAUGCGACAGGCUGAGGCGAGACGGGCCAGUUUGACCAUGGGAGAGGAAGAAGACGAGAAGGAAAAAGAAAGAAGCCACAUUUAUUCGGCCCCGGGUGAACCCCGCACCGAGAUUAAUACAACAAGUCCCGAGUUUCGUUUU